GGAGGACGGAGAGAAUUGGAUAGAUUGGUCAUCUUGUUUUAUUCAUUAUGGCUGAAGAACAAAGUAACAUGAGUGGCUCCAUUAGAAGCAAUAGCAAUGGAGGUGAAGGUGGUGAUGGUGAUUAUUGCGGAGCUUGUAAGUAUUUGAGAAGAAAGUGUGCACCUGAUUGCAUAUUUGCACCAUACUUUAACUCGGAGCAAGGUGUUGCCGACUUUGCCAUAGUCGAAAAAGUUUUCGAGCCAAGCAAUGUGUCUAGACUUCUACAUGAGAUCCCUGAUCACCAUAAUCGACUAACAGCCGUAAAGGCCAUCAUUUGUGAUGCUCAAGUCCGUAUUGAUGAUCCCAUCUAUGGUUGCUGUGGUCGUAUUUUGAAGUUAGAAAAACGAUUGCGGAGUCUACAAGAGCAGAUACAGAAGAAAGAAAAGGUUAAGCGAGAUCUAGAAAAGCAGAUACAGAAUUUACAGAAAUAG